AUGUCUACCGAAAUGGCUUGCGACCUAGGACAUCUGAUGGUCUGGGGAGCGAUCAGGGUGGCAAAGUUGGGUAUCGUGCCUGAAGAGUCUCUCUUCUGGGCUAACGUCGGCCUCAGUGUCAUCCCAGCAAUUCUUGCAGACAGGGACUGCGCUUCCCUGGGAAUUAAUGACCUGCUGAAGCUACUCAACGAUGUUCUUGGGGCCAGCUACUCGCUCAAAAAGCAGGGACUGCAGGAGUGUCUCCAACACUUCCGUCGCACCUCACGAGACUUCGGCCAAGUGUACGGCUCCCUUCGUGGCCACUGGCUAUUGCCCGGAUUCGCUGGCGUGCUCUCUGGCCUCGUCAAAGAGCAGAAGAAAGACGAAGCGGAGCGGGAAAUUGCUAUCAACCGUAUCCUACCACUUUACGCUCUGUCCUCGGAUAGAUCAAUACCUAUCACCAAAGUUUGGACUGUGUCGCACAGCUGGGUACACGAGAGCGCACGCACCGACGUCUGGACCCCGAUAAACGGUAACGAGUGGCCUGUCCCCCUCCCCAACGACACAACUCUCGAGCACGUCCGAGUCGAGCUACUCAACCUCGGCGCCGAGUAUUCCUGGCUGGACGUUCUGUGCCUGAGACAGCGGGGACGUCCAGAAGAUGAGAAGCGGAGGAAAGAGGAGUGGACACUCGACGUUCAUACUAUCGGCUACAUAUAUUCCCUUGGCUUGCCGUGCAUCACGUACUUCAACGGGCUCGGCCUCCUCUUCGACCCAUCCCUCAAAAUACUCUCUUCCGACCGCCACUGGUUCAACCGCGUCUGGACGGUGCAAGAAGCCACCGAUAAAUGGCUUCCCGGCGGGCUCACCGGUGUAGCGUCUGCAGACGCCCUCGUAUUCUUCCGGGAGCACCUUCCGCGAUCUGUCCCAGCCGAGCGCGAUUGA